AUGGGGCACACCCACUUUUGCCAGAGGCUCUUUCAGCUCGACGUGGACCGCGACGGCAGGGCUCAGAGGACCGGCAAGGCUGCGAAGGCCAGCAAGGCCGUCAAGGGGCCCUUGGCGGCGGAGGCGGAGCUUGCCCGGGAGGACAGCAGCGCUGGCGCCGUGGAGGACGAGUCUGGCACGGCCGCAGAGGACAAGGUGCUCGACGGAUGGGUGGAGUCUGCUAGGCAGGCCAGCAGUGCCAGCGCCGGGGCUCCUCUUGUCGAAGAUGUGGUCGAAGAGUCGACCAUGGGGGAGGCCGAGGCCGACGACCCUCCGGCCCCAGGGAGGAGACGCGUCUUGUGCCGGGCUAGCUCCGGCGAACCAGUUCGGCCCGGCAGGGCCAUGCCGCGGAAACAGGUUCAGGAGCAGUCCGUGCGCCAGACGAGGGCCGCGGUGGCGAAGAAGGCGGUGAAGGCUGCGGUGGCGAAGAAGAAAGCGACCGCAUCUUCUUCGUCCAAGCGUCGACGGACUCCAUCCCCUUCCCCUCCUUCUGCAGACGUCGACACGGAGGGACACGGAGACGCUGACCAGAGGGUGGCGAAGAGGGCCAAGGCCUCGACGGGCGACAAGCCCCCGGUGGGUACUUCGAGCGCUUCCUCGGCGGACCAGGAGAACAUCGAUACCGUCAUCGAGGAGGUCGCCAGGGACGCCGAGGCCGAGGCAGACAAGAUUGCCACCGAGGAGGCCGCCAAGACUGCCAUCGAAGAGGCCGCCAAGGGGCAUGCCGGGGAGGGUGGCAGGGCCGCUGCCGAGGGGGGCGCCAAGGCCGCUGCCGAGGAGGUUGCCCAGGAUUUGCUGGCCGAGCGCAAACAGGAGCUUAUCCUGCUGAAGGCCAAUGUCGAGAAAACCCAGGAGGUGGCGAAGGAACAGGCCGCCAAGGACGAGGCCGCUCGGCACAAGCACCAGGCCGAGCUGAACUGCCAGGAAGAGGACCUUGCCGCCCGUGUGGCGGCGCUCGCCGCCACCUCCGCGAGGCUCUUUCAGCUCGACAUGGACCGUGACGGCAGGGCUGAGAGGACCGGCAAGGCUGCAAAGGCCGGCAAGGCAGUCAAGGGGCCCUUGUUUGGGCUGCCGGUGGGAGUGGUUCCGCUGUGCAGCAAUUCUUGCCAGACCGACAUCAUUGCUAUGAUGCCGGACUUCAAUGCACAUGGCCUUGACCCGAGCUGGGUCGAGCCGGAAGCAGAGCAGGUGCAUGAUAUUUUUGAUUGCUUGUCGGAGAAGGACACGGAGAUGCUGGCGCAGAGGGUGGAGAAGAGGGCCAAGGCCUCGACGGGCGACAAGCCCCCGGCGGGUACUUCGAGUACGCCGCUGGUGGUAGAGAGCAGCCCGGAGAAAAAACCCCGACGCAGCCCCCGCUUCAGCCCCCAGCGUGAGUCCAUCACUCACUCCUCCAUUGAUGAACUUUGGGGUGUGAGUCUUUGA